AUGUCCGCUCCUACGACGGACGUUACGCCACUCGCGGCUGCCGUAACAAAAGAAGGACAAUCCGGCAUGGAGGCACAGCCAUCGCAGUCGACCUCCUCAUCCUCAUCCAUCACAUCCCAAGAUGCCAGAGUCGAGGAGAAAGAUGACCCGUCUAAACCAGCCACGGAAUUCACAAUUUCAACACGCUUCAUCAUGGCCUUUGCCGCCCUCGCGGUCUUGACCCUCAUGGUCGCAUUAGACGGCACCUCAAUCAGCGUGGCCCUGCCCAUCAUCGCGAGGAAGCUCCACGGCACAGCCAUUGAGGCCUUCUGGGCCGGCACAUCCUUCCUGCUGGCAUCCACGGUCUUUCAACCCAACUUUGCGAGCUUCAGCCAUAUCUUCGGGCGCAUGCCGGUAAUCAUGGUGAGCAUUGCCUUGUUCUUCGCGGGCGUCAUGAUGGCAGCCCUGGCGAACGACUUUGGCGUCUUGUUGGCGGGGAGGAGUAUCCAGGGGAUCGGCGGUGGUGGCAUCAUAGCCAUGACCGAGAUAGUGGUCACGGACCUUGUGCCUCUCAGAUACCGAGGCCAAUGGGCCGGCAUCAUCGGGGCGAUGUGGUCUGUCGGCAGCGUCUCCGGCCCCGUCAUCGGCGGCGCCUUUGCCGCAGUGCAAUGGCGCUGGAUCUUCUGGCUCAACUUGCCCUUCAUCGGCAUCGGCGCCGUCAUGGUGCCCCUGUUCCUCCGCCUCAACGUCAUCCCGCAGAGCAUCGCCGCCAAGCUCCGGCGGGUCGAUUGGAUCGGCACCGUCAUCUUCGUCGGGAGCAUGACCAGCUUCCUGAUCCCCUUGACCUGGGGCGGCGUCAUGUACAGCUGGUCGUCGUGGCGGACGCUCGUCCCUUUGCUGGUAGGUGCUGUCGGGCUGAUUGCAUUCUGCUUCUACGAGGCCUACGUCGCGCCCGAGCCGUUACUUCGCCUCGCCGUGUUUGGCAACCGGACCGUCAACCUCGGGUACGCUACAACCACGAUCCACGGCAUGAUCCUCUGGUGCCUGCUCUACUACCAGCCCUUGUACUUCGAGGCGGUCAAGGGGUACAAGCCGGUCGUGUCGGGCGUGGCGCUCUUCCCUGCGACAUUCACCGUGGCGCCCAUGGCCGUGGUCACGGGCAUCACGAUCACGAAAUUCGCCUCGUACCGCUGGGCGAUCUGGUCCGGGUGGGCCAUCUCGACCCUCGGCCUGGGCCUUUUGGUGCUGCUGAAAGUCGACACGGCGAUCCCCCAGUGGAUCUUCAUCGACCUGGUGUCGGGUAUCGGGCUGGGCAUCUUAUUUCCCGGCCUGCAGUUCCAAGUCCAGGCCGCGAGCCAGAACAAGGACAUGGCCUUUGCGGUCGCCAUGUUUGUCUUCUUCCGCUCGUUCGGCCAGGCGUUGGGAGUGGCCAUUGGGGGCGUCAUCUUCCAGAACGAAAUGGUCGCCAAUCUCAAGGCCUACCCUGCCUACGCGGCGCAAGCCAGCGAGCUUGCCAAGGACGCGGCCGCCCUGGUCGAGAUCAUCAAGAACAACGAGUCCGGGCUCGGCAAGUUGCAGCUGAGGACAGCGUACACGGAUAGCUUGCGGACUGUGUACAUCGUCAUGGCGGCGCUGGGCGGCGUUUGCCUCGCGGCCAGUCUGGUCAUCAAGGGGUAUGAUUUGAAUGUCGGCCUGGAGACGGAGCAGGGACUCAUUGUAGAGGGGAAGAAACGGAAGGACAAGGAGGCAGGAGUAAAGGCAAAUGUGUAG